GCCAUGCAGCAGGCGAGACUGCUGCUGAACUGCUGCGCGCCGGCGUGGGAGUCUGUGCGGAAGGCCAGCUCAAGGAUGGCACGCCGGGGCCCGCUCGCCAAUAAGGUGGCCCUAGUAACGGCCUCCACAGACGGGAUCGGCUUUGCCAUCGCCGGGCGCCUGGCCCGGGACGGGGCCCACGUGGUGGUCAGCAGCCGGAAGCAGCAGAACGUAGACCGGGCAGUGGCGGUGCUGCAGGGGGAGGGGCUGAGCGUGGUGGGCACCGUGUGCCACGUGGGGAAGGCCGAGGACCGGGAGCGACUGGUGGCCACGGCUGUGAACCUGCAUGGUGGCAUUGACAUCCUAGUCUCCAAUGCCGCCGUCAACCCUUUCUUUGGAAACAUAAUGGAUGCCACCGAGGAGAUGUGGGACAAGAUUCUGAACAUUAACGUGAAGGCCACAGCCCUCAUGACAAAGGCAGUGGUGCCAGAGAUGGAGAAACGAGGAGGCGGCUCAGUGGUGAUUGUGGCCUCCAUAGCAGCCUACACCCCAUUUCCUGGCCUGGGCCCCUACAAUGUUAGUAAAACAGCCUUGCUAGGCCUCACCAAGAACCUGGCCAAAGAGCUGGUCCAAAGGAACAUCAGGGUAAACUGCCUGGCACCAGGACUCAUCAAGACUAGCUUCAGCCGUGUGUUGUGGAUGGACAAGGAAAGGGAGGAGAGCAUAAAAGAAACCAUGCAGAUAACAAGGAUAGGCAAACCAGAUGAGUGUGCAGGCAUCGUGUCUUUCCUGUGCUCUGAAGACGCCAGCUACAUCACUGGGGAAACAGUGGUAGUGGGUGGAGGGACCCCAUCCCGUCUCUGAGGACCUGGAGAGAACUCACCAGGGCAGAGAUUGGGCUCUAACUCCUGAGUACUGUUCCAACACUUAUCAGUCUUUCCCACCUCUGCCUAAUAUACUGCUCACCUUACACCCUACCUCACCCCAAAAUCAAUUCUGCCCUCUGAAAAGAUCCAGCCUUCCUUCUGGUCAGGGUGUGGUCUUAUGAGGAUUCACCCUGUUGCUGUAGCUUUAGAUAAAGACUUCCCCUGAGAACAUAGGACAGGCCUGCUGAGAAAGCUGAGUCUACCUUGGCAAAAACUAAUAUUUUUUUUUCCUGGGCAUGGGGGAAUUUGAGGGAGAUGGGAUUGAAGGAACCCAGGUGGAAAGAGCAGUUGGAAAAUCAACAACUUGCAAAGGGAGGUGCAAAUAAAAUGCAGAUGACUGUA